AUAAUGGUGUGGAGAGAGAGAGAGAGAUGAGAGAGAGACAGUAGACUUUUGUAAUAUUUUCUUCCAUCCUAACCACCGAAUUUCGCUGGAAAUCUAUUGUCCUCUUUAGGGUUUUCUUGUUUCUUUUCGCAGAAGAAAAAAAUAAAUAAAUUUGACGUUAUAACAACUGAAAUCUUUUAAAAAGGGUAGUGUUUGUAGUCUAUAUUAGUUAAUCUACAGAGGGAUUAGAGCGCUUCAUUCUUUAGGAGAUAUCUGAGGUAGUUGAUUUAUGUCAUUCCUGAUAAUUGCUGUAGAUACUGUUGACAAGUUUUUGAGACUCAAUUGAGUGAAAAAUGUUGGUGGAGCUUGGUGGAAGUUGGAGUCUUCAUUUCUGAAAAAUUAUUGGUAUAAAUGCUAGGAUCCUAGGUUGGGCAGCAAGGGCCGGAGAAGGUCUAAAUCCUCUCGACUCAUCCCAUAGCAAUCAGUUCUAAGUAAUGGGUUCCUUUUCUGGCAGCUCUGAAAUUGUUGAAAUGAAGGAAGAACAGAUUCCUACUCGUGGACGUCAAACAUUUUCUCAUGUAGGAGCAUACGACAGAGAUAGGAAGCCUCCAAUUCAGAAUAAAGGACGUAAUAAAUCUCUGGGAAAUGAUAUUACUACACUCUUUGAGGGAAUCAAUCUCAGGUCAUCCAAGAGUCUGGAUCUCUUGGACUCGGGAAGAAAUCCCUCAAAGAGGCCAAUGAGGGCUGGCGGAUCUCAUUCACCAGCAAUUAGAUUUUCUCAGCCAGUGUCUCUGAAGCAGGCGCUAAGGGGGCUCUGCAUUUCUCAGGCAGCGGAGAUGGCUGCCAUGAAACGGAUAUCAGCACCAGCUUCUCCUAGGAUCUCAGAAGUCGGGAUGAUCACAAACCUGUACAGGUCUGUUGUAAUUGAAGCUGGGGAAUCUGGCUUUUCUGUGGCUGAAGGCGGACAGCAGGGACUUGAAAUUUCUCAGGUGCCAGAAGAAGGUACCUCAUGUUAUUUGGAAAAGGCUCCACAGUUCCUUCAGAAACCUGUGGCUAAGUUCCCAACCCAAAGUGUCCAUUCUUCUCAUAGUUUUGGGGUUAAACCGAACAUAAAGAGUGCAGAAUGCACUUUGGGUGAAUCUGACCGAUCACUUACUGACUGUAGGGAAAAUAAAGUUGGAACAUCUCUUGGGAACAGAGAGACUGCUACAUUUUCUGCCAAGAAACUGCCUCAGCACUUAUUGGAGCCUGAGAUGAAGCCACAAAAUCAGAGGGCUGAUUCUUCUCUGUAUUUUCCUGGUGCAUCGGUCAUUGAGACUGUACAAUCUUCUUAUGGCCAUCAUGACAUUCGGCCAGCAUCAGAAGCUGAGGAUCAAUCACUAGAAACAGCACCCUUGCCUGAAGAAAGCCACACUAUAGUUUCUGCUUUAUCCAGUAAUGGUGUUGGUGAUAUUGCGUUGAAACCAAACUAUAAUAUUUCUGACCUGGAAAAGGUAGCAAUUGGUUUAAAUAAAAAUUCAGCAUCACCCUUAAAAGUUCCAAAUAAAGCAGCAUCUAAGCUUAGACACAAAGGCAGGUUGCAGACCGUACCUUCAUCUAGUCCUGGGAAAAGCAAUAAGGACAUCAAGUCAACAAGAACCACCUCUCGGGUUGUCAAACCAGUCAUCAGGAACAAGAAUCUCAUCAUAAAGAAAUCAAAGAAGAUGCCUGUAUCAACCACUGAAGAUUCUAGUACACCUCAUGAAGUAAAUAGUGGUAUUGAUCAACGAUCUGGCCAGUUGAUCUGUCAAAGGUGUCAAUGUGCUUUGAUAGAUGCAACAGACGAUUCUAACAAGGAUUCCCAUGUAAUAACCAAUGCUAAAGUGAAUACAAGCGAGAAGAACUUUGAUACGAGCAAACAAGACUUCAUUCCAAAUGAUUGUGAUAAUAAAGGCACUCCUAUAGAAACUAACACAAUCUCUAAAUCGAGAGAGAGAGGAGAUUUUUCUCGAAGCUCAAAGAGCAGCAUUUGUGAGUUUAGUAGCAGCACUACAAGCCUCAGUGAAGAGAGCAGUCUAAGUGGGUCGAGUUGCAGCAGUAGACCGCACAUGUCAAAGGACUUAAGGUGGGCAUCCAUUAACCGCUUAAAAACUCAAUAUGGAUUCCUUGGCCUGAGUCAUUUUAAUUUGUUGAAGAAACUUGGUUCUGGGGACAUUGGUACAGUUUACCUUGCUGAAUUGAUUGGAACAAAAUGCAUGUUUGCAAUAAAGGUUAUGGAUAAUGAAUUCUUGGCAAAAAGAAAGAAGAUGCCUAGGGCUCAAACUGAGAGAGAAAUUCUGAGAAUGCUGGACCAUCCAUUUCUCCCGACAUUAUAUUCCCAGUUUACUUCAAACAAUUUGUCUUGUUUAGUUAUGGAGUAUUGUCCUGGUGGAGAUCUACAUGUGCUUCGCCAGACGCAGCCUGACAGAUAUUUUUCCGAAGAGGCAGCAAGAUUCUAUGUUGCUGAGGUUCUCCUUGCUCUUGAAUAUUUGCACAUGCUUGGUAUUGUGUAUCGAGAUCUCAAACCAGAAAACAUUAUGGUCCGAGAAGAUGGUCACAUCAUGCUAACUGAUUUUGAUCUGUCACUUAGAUGUUCUGUAAGCCCAACCCUUCUAAGAUCAUCUUCAUCAAGAAUGGAGCCACCUAGGAUAUCUGGACCUUGUGCAGGAUCUAACUGCAUUGAUCCUUUCUGUUCUGGACCAUCAUGCCAGGUUUCGUGCUUUAGCCCUCGACUUUUACCUGCAACAGCAAGAGCAAGGAAGCUAAAAGCUGAAGCUUCUGCUCGGGUUAGAUCCUUACCUCAGCUUGUGGCUGAGCCAACAGAUGCUAGGUCCAAUUCCUUUGUCGGUACACAUGAAUACUUGGCUCCAGAGAUCAUCAAAGGAGAAGGACAUGGGAGUGCCGUUGAUUGGUGGACAUUUGGGAUUUUCCUGUACGAGCUUCUUUAUGGGAAGACACCUUUUAAAGGUGCUGGAAAUGAAGAGACAUUAGCAAAUGUUGUAUUUCAGAACCUCAAAUUUCCCGAUGGUCCAAUUGUUAGUUUUCAGGCAAGGGAUCUCAUCAGAGGUCUGUUGAUGAAGGAACCUGAGAAUCGGUUAGGCACGGAAACAGGAGCUGCCGAGAUCAAACAGCACCCAUUCUUUCAGGGUCUCAAUUGGGCUUUGAUACGCUGUGCCAUUCCACCUCAAAUUCCACAGUUCUUUGAUGAUGGAAUUUCACAUAUAGCAUCUCUAGAGAAGGGGAAAAAAUUUCUGGAAUUCAGUGAUGCAGGAAAGCAUUUAGAAUUUGAGUUUUUCUAGCCACAAUAUAUUUAUCGGAAAAAGACUCUGUCCCAAAGAGCUAGUUUUUCUCUGAAACUUGUGUUGAAGAAUUGAGUUUGCAUAUGAAUUCGAAAGGGGAACCAGGAAGAUAAACGAGUGGGAUCUUGAUGAAGGAAAGGUAUAAUCACGUACGAAGAAGACUGCAGGAAAAAUCACACAGUAAGUAUAGGGAAAUAUGCAAUCAAUGGAUGCUUUGAAUUCAUGCCGGCUGGAAAAGAAGGAAGCCAUGGAGCUUUCUCACGUGUGCUGCAUGCACCCAUCAUAGGAAUUUCCAUUGAAAGGUGGUGCGCCAAAUUCAAGCUUACUGUGAUUACUCCUCCAAACCCUAAACUCCAAAGUAAAAUUUAACAAUUGUAGCUAGAUAGCUAGCUAAUAUUUGGUCUUUGGAAUUGGAAACCGAUCCAUCUCGUUGAUGAAUCUUCAAUAUUUGUGUCGUGCAUGAAAAGAAACUGUAGAAGAAAUGGUUAUAAAUUACAUGAAUGCUAUCACUUAUUAGAUUACUUACCAGUUUUCUUUGAUUUCAAAUUAUUUGUU